AUACAGGAUCCAAAAUGUGACAACAUCAUGGCACGACCGCUCAUGCAAUGAAACGCUGGCCGUCAGUUUUAGUUUGACUACCAUCGAGGUUGAAAGCUCCAGCUGUUUGCUGAGUUUCGGUUUUUUCGUUUGAGUUUCCUCAGUUCGUUCUAGAGUAGGGCAAACGUUUGCCCCAUUCCGUCGACGCUUGGCAGAUAAACGCGGGAAGCUGUGCUCAUGGGGCAGUUGAGAAGAUAUUUAUGUUGCCCACGCUAGCGACCCAUCGAUGGCAGUUUAUUGAUACCGAAUCGAGGCAGAACACCGAAUCGAGGCAGUAUUCCUAUAUUCCGGUAGAUGCUAAGCUAUAUCACGAUUGACUAACGGUGGCAGUGGCAGAAGCCUGUUUGAUUUAUAUCGAAAGCAUUUUGAAUGGGGAACAAGUGUUUGGUGAUCAUUGACAAGAUGAAUAGUUUAUAUCGAAAGUACGGAACAAUGUGAUGAAUGGAAGAUUUUCAACCAUAUUUCGGAAUCUAUAACGAAUGUGCAUCUUUCCGAUUUAUGUGCGUACUGAAGCGAAAGGUGAUAUAACUUCAACCAAGUGUUAAAUUACAAAUGCUCAAUGUGUGUGAAUUCGACGCAAUCUGCGAGAGAAAGUUAUAAUGAUAGUAGAAGUUGUUUAUGUAUCCUUUGAUGUAAAAAUGUGAGUUUAUUGACAGUGUAGCAAGGAAGGAAGAACCAACGCGCGAAUUCGACAGCAGUAUGCUGAAAUAAAAGUACAGCUAUUCGUCCACAACACAUCACUUCGCAACCCAUAUACUGGAGGGCUUCAAAAAGCAAUACUUGCGGGAUAUAUUUAAAAUUUAGAUGAGAAAUAUACCGAAAGCCGUCGCGAUGAAGCUUUCCGAGAGUAAAUCCGACACCUCGAUCAUCACCAACUUGUACAAAUCAAUAAAUAGUAAUUACCGAAGGCUGUCGAACACGACCAGCCUGCUGCAUCGGAUACCCGACAUGGAUAUCGCCUUCAUGAACAUAAGCGAUGAAUACGAUAUCGAGAAGACGAUAGCGGAGGGCUGCUUCGCCAAGGUGUUCCUAGCCGAUCACCGACCAACCGGGACCACUGUUGUGCUCAAAGCAAUACAUACCGAACUGACGACGCUGAAAGAGUUCAUCAAAGAGUUUCACUACAAUUACCAGCUCAGCCAUCAUCCGAACAUUCUCAGCUGUUAUCAGGUUAUGUUCCAAACGAAGGAGUACUACAUCUAUGCACAGGAACAUGCACCCUUCGGGGAUCUGGCAGCUAAUGUUGGCGCCAACGGAUUGCAAGAAUCGAGCUGCAAGAAAAUAGCCGAACAGCUCAGUUCUGCGCUAGGGUUUAUGCAUCUGAAGGGUCUAGUGCACCGUGAUCUUAAGCUCGAAAAUAUCCUAGUAUUCACGCCGGACUUUUCUCGCGUAAAGCUGUGCGAUUUCGGAGCAACCACCCGCGAGGGAAUGCUAGUCAGUAAGAACAGUAAAACGUGGAUGUCAUUCCUACCACCAGAAGUAUUAGAGGUUGUGAAAAAUGAGCGGUUCAUCUGCAAGGCAUCUUCUGAUUCGUGGCAGUUUGGAAUCGUCCUGUACGUUUGUUUGAUAGGUUCUACUCCCUGGAAGUCAGCCGAUUGGGUGCGAGACCCGAAAUACGCUGCCUUUAUGAAGUACCAGAAACGAGAAACCACAAAGAUUCCGGAUAAUUUCCGAAGGUUCACACCUCGAUUGCUGCGUGCAUUCCGGCGAAUUUUCGACCACACCGAGGAAGAUCGGGCCAAAGUGAGUGAUAUUAUGAAGUACAUGAAAAAUAAAUGGUUGGACAACAAGAUUACAGCAUCAAAAUCAACCUCAAAUAUCGCCAGCAAUACCCAACAGCAAGCAUCUUCCGACCAAGACUCAAUAAGGUACAUUAACCAUCGAGAAAGCCGGAAUUCGUUCGAUGGGCGACUACGGGCUCGAAGGAUGACCAGCUUCGGAGGUUUGACCCCCGAGCCAAUGCCGACUGCUGGGAUAGACCAGGAGGCGGUGCGUAAAAAAGUAUGGGAAUGGCUCGAGUCGAAUGAUCUCAAUCGGCCCGACAGUAUGGAUGACGUUGUCGAUUUUUCCUUCUGGAAAAAGAGUGAACUGAAAUCUUAUCAGUACUCCAAGCGGGAAACAAUAAUUGCGUCGGCUUCUGUGACCACAACGGCGUCGCAAUCCAGGGAAGUUAGUAGCUCGAGCAGGGCCUAUCGAUCUAAGUAAGAAUCGUGUGAGUCUCUUGUCGUACUCCAAAUGUAUUCACCGGUCCCGAGAUCUAGUGAGUGUAGAACCCCAACUGUUCCGAGGUUUGGGCCUUGAUCCUCCCUCUGUUCGUCCGGUAGAAAAUAGGUAGUACAUGUGAUUAUAUUAAUUAUAUGUGUGAUACAAGUGAAAGAAUAAACCAAGAAUACAAGCAAAGUCAGCAAAAGUGCGUAGUCGGUACAAUUGAGAUAGUAUAGUUCAGUAAACUUUUAGCAGGUGAUAAAACCUCUAGAGAGGUAUAUAUAUUUAUAUAUACAUACAUAUUGAAUGCCAAAUUGAGAGCGGGAUAUAAAUAUAAUGUUCGACGCGUAAAAUGAUUGUUUCCAAUAAAUGUUAUGAUGGUAUAAAUGUGAAAAGGAAAAACCAGUGUUAUGCAUUAGAAGCAUUAUUGAUGGGUGUCUUCGAGCUAUACA